AGACUUUGACCCUGAGCUCCAGUCUUGCCUGAGGACAGGAUAGCCCAGAAUCAGGAGCCUCCUCUGGGGAGACAGGAGCCUGUGCGCACGGCAGCUACCUCUUUUCUCCAGAAGUUUGGCACAGCAGGCUGGCACGAUGCAUGUGGUAGUGGUGGGAGCAGGGAUCACUGGGCUGUCCACCGCCCUCUGCAUCCAUGAGCGCUACCAUGCAGUCCUGCCGUCCCUGGAUGUGAAGAUCUAUGCAGACCGCUUCACACCACUCACCAACACCGAUGUGGCUGCAGGCCUCUGGCAGCCUUACCUCUCUGAACCCAGCCACCCACAGGAGGCGCACUGGAACCAGCAGACCUUUGACUAUCUCCUGAGCCACAUCUAUUCUCCCAACGCUGCAAACAUGGGCCUGACCCUAAUCUCAGGCUACAACCUCUUCCAUGGAGCUGUUCCGGAUCCUUCCUGGAAGGACACAGUUCUGGGAUUUCGGAGGCUGACCCCCAGAGAGCUGGACAUGUUCCCUGAUUACAGCUAUGGCUGGUUCAACACAAGUGUGCUUCUGGAGGGGAGGAGGUACCUGCAGUGGCUGACUAAAAGGUUAACUGAGAGGGGAGUGAAAUUCUUGCAGCGGAAGGUAGAGUCUUUUGAGGAGGUGGCGAGAGAAGGCGCCAACGUGAUUAUUAACUGCACCGGGGUGUGGGCUGGGGCUUUGCAACCAGACCCCCUGCUGCAGCCAGGCCGGGGGCAGAUCAUUAAGGUGGAUGCCCCUUGGAUGAAGAACUUCAUUAUCACCCAUGACCCAGGGAAAGGCAUCUACCAGUCCCCGUACAUCAUCCCAGGGAUCCAGGCAGUGACUCUUGGAGGCAUCUUCCAGCUGGGGAACUGGAACGAGGUAAACAAUAUCGAAGACCACAACACCAUCUGGGAGGGCUGCUGCAGACUGGAGCCCACCCUGAAGGAUGCAAAUAUUGUUGCCGAAUGGACUGGUUUCCGGCCAGUACGCUCCCAGGUUCGGCUAGAAAGAGAACAGCUUUGCUUUGGAUCUUCAGUCACAGAGGUCAUCCACAACUAUGGUCACGGAGGCUACGGGCUCACCAUCCAUUGGGGCUGUGCCCUGGAGGCAGCUAAGCUCUUUCAGAAAGUUUUGGAAGAAAGAAAGUUGCUCAGGAUGCCACCGCCCCACCUCUGAAGAUGCCAGUGACUACUGCCCCCCCCCACAGGAGCUCCCCGCUUCCCUUGGCCAGCUGAUCCCUGUGUUCCUCUGUACGUGCUCACCCCCUCCCCACUCCGCCUCUUUCCUCAAGAGUCAUGAGAUGAAACCGCAAGGUCAGUCCCUGGAGGUGACUCUGGCCCCACUUGGGGGCCUCUCUGAGGUCCCUCUACCCUCUGUGGGUCUGACAUAUGAAAAAUAGCUGAAGGCUGUUACUCCAUGAACCCUCAAAUGAAAGGAAAGCUCAGAAAAUCAAGAAGCAAGCAGAGAAUUGAGGAUCAUUGAGAUUAAGUAACGUGAUGACAAAUCACACUAGCAUAUUAAAGGGUCUGAAAUGUCCUGCAGCAACGACAUCUAUCCAAUGUUGUUUAAUCCAGUCUUCCCAAACCUAUCUGGCCAUGGAAACCCUUUUCCCAGAACAGCAAUGCCACAGAACGCACUCGAGGGAACGCUGUGAUCUUGCUGCAGGAAGUUCUAGGUAGGACCGGAGCGUAGAGGAGACAGAAGAGGUAAGACAUUGAAUGAGUAACACAUGAUGUCCGUUCCACAUCCAGGAUUCCAAAUGGCACCAGCUGCCCGAGGGGCCCCAUGGGCACCACGGAAACGUUGAGGAAGGGCCACUGGAGGGAGCAACCCACAAGGAACCCCUUUAUCGAGAACUAAACUCACCGAGCAUACUCCCUGUUUGGGGGACAGAUCUAACAUCUGUCUUACCUCCCAAGAUGGCAAGCAGGCUCCCAGAUGGUUUUGAAAGCCUCGAAUGAGCUAGAAGGUACCUAGCAUCUCCAUCCCUCAUCAUCUGCCUCAGCCUCUGAGGUUGAAUUUUUAUCGGUCUGGAUUUUUGUGAAAGUCCAGAGCCGUGUAGUCUUCAUGCAUCCAGGACUAGUGACACCCUAUGUGCUGUGAAGAGGUCUUGAUGGACGCCUGCCAUGCCCUCUGUGUCCAUGCCCCUACGUCUGCUCCUUCCCACGACCUCUCACUUGAUGGGUUCUUCACAAAGCACCUGCCAUGAUUUGGCCAGCCCUAAGCUAAGCAGGGUGAGAAAACUGGGAUCUAAGUUAGUUUCUACCCUAAUAGUGAUAAUGAUAAUAAUAAUAAUAUUUAAUAAUUAUAACUAUUAUUAUAUAAAAAUUCAUUUGCAUUCUAACCAGGUACCAGUGCUAAACUCUUGCAUGCAUUAUUCAUUGAAUCCUGAUACCCCCACUAGCAGCCCCGUGAAGUAGCUAUUACUCCCAUUUCAUAGGUGAGAAGAUCAAGGUACAGGGAGGCAGUGCAGUUCAACAGCCAGGAAGGCAUAGAAUGGAGAUGCAGGGCCUGAAAUGAUGUGAUUCUAGGGUGUCACCUUCAGCCACUGCACAACACUGAAUCCCAGCUUGGGUGGGGGCGCAAAUACACGGUUAUGAGGGAAUCAUUUAGCCUUCUUCCCCAAGGCUGUCUGCAAAACACACUGAAAAGGAACUAGCUCUCUCCUCCGCAUAGCCGCAUUUGAGCCAAGACGCGGGCACUCUUGGAAGAUUCAGGGAAGGGGUACUUCCUGGUGCUGGGAAUGAACACAUCAUUUAGUUUUUGACCAAAGCCAUUACUUUACUCGGCUUAAAAUUCCCCAAGGAGAUCAACCCCUACUGGUCAAAGUCAGCUGUCAGCAGGAACUCUAAAGGACUCACAACACAGUGAACUCAGAAAAAUAUCUGGGGUCAGGAAAGUCCACAGUCAGACCCAAAGUGACCCUCCUAUUCUUUGUGCAAAUGUUAAGGACCUUUUUGCAAUGCGGCUGCCUCUCGAUUCUGUCCUAAAGCUUGGAAUAGAAGAAGUAGGGGGAUAUUCUGCAACCCCCAAGGCGUGGUAGAAGAUUUGGCAAGGCUUGCUGUCUUCAAUUUCCCUUCACCUGACAUUCCUACCCCCUCCAUGAAGGUGAUCUGUGGUCACAUUUCUUCAAUGAAUUCUCAGCAGCUUGAUGAAUUCAGAAAAGAUUACCUUUCCCCACUAAACUGUCUCGGCACUUUGGUCAAAAUUAAUUGACUAUCAAUGUAUGGGUUUGUUUUUAGACCCUCAUUUCUAUUCUAUUGAUCCAUAUAUGCUAAUACUACACUGUUCUGAGUACUGUUCCUUUGUAAUAAGUUUUAAAAUCAGGAAGUGUGAGACCUCCAACUGUUUUUUUUUUUUUUGGUGACUAUUGUAGUUCCAUAUGAAUCUUGGGAUCAGCUCACCCAUUUCUGGAACAACAACAACAGAAAUCCAGCUGGGAUUUUGAGAGGGAUUGUGCUGAAUUUAUAGGUCACUUUGGGGAGUAUUGAUUGACCCCUCAACAAUUUUGUCUUCUGAUCCAUAAAUAUGGAAUGUGUCUCCAUUUAUUAAGAUCUUCAAUUUCUUUAAGCAAUGUUUUAUAGUUUGUACAAAUCUCACGUUCCUUUUGUUCCUAAGUGUUUUAUUCUUUUUGAUUCCAUCAUAAGUGGAAUUGGUUUCUUAUUGAUGAGUUUAGAAAGUGCUUUGUUCUCUGGCAUGGUGGGGGUAGGAGUAUUUGAAGUGGUUCCUUAUCAGAUGGUCUUGAUUAACCGAGGAUGAUUAUAUGUGAAGUAUCUGGAUGUUCAAAUGUCUAUACCACCAUGUGGAAUACAAUAAAGUACCACCAGUGACUAAAGUCUGACUGAAAGUCGCUGAAUCUUUGAGGAGUCCGAAGGGGUUUCAGGAUGAUGGAGGGCUUUAGGAUUGGAAGGCAGUUAUAAUGAACAGACUCAAGAGUUUACAUAUGCGUGUAGUGGGUUCCAGACAUACCGAUCAUUAUGCCACCUUGCUGAAAGGGCAGGCCAGCCACCAUGUUUGUACCUCUUGACACCACCCCUCUCUGACCCAACUUAAUUGCACUAGGCGGGGACCCAACACUACACUGGGCCCAUCAGCUUCCUCUCCUGAGAAUUUGGGAGUGGGACCCUGAACAGCCAAGUCAGCUAUGUUUGCAAGCUGAGCCAGGGUGCAGAAGCCAUGUGCACGGGGAGGCAUAAGCAUUAGCCAUAAGGAGGCAGGAGCAGGCCGGUCUGUAGAGAAGGGUAGACGUGAGGCCCGCAGAUCUAGAGAGGGGGCUGUCUCGGGCUUUGGUAGCUCCCAGUACGCUGUUGCAUUGUGUGAGGUUGCACUUUAUUUCGGAGAACUUUCUAACCUUUCAGAGGCUGAAAACUGGCAGCCCAUUAACCAAACCUGGCCUGCAGACAGAUUGCAUGGGGCUCACACAUCAUUUAACAGUUUUUGAUCCAAUAUAUUAACAUUUGGAGAUUUCACAUAAAGAUCCAGAUUCCUGUCUUGCAAAUUGGAAGAUUCCCACUGUUCAACAAACCUAGGGCUGAGUGGUAGCUACCCUGUUUAGGACCUGUGCUCUUACUCUGCCAUAUUCCUGCCCUCCUCCUAUUGUUUCUUAUAAUUCUGUUUCACACAUUGAUGUUCCCUAUAUUAACUACCAAUCCCAACCUUAUAAUAAAGCUGUACUCCUAAUUUGAA